UGCAGGCGGUUCUGGGAAAUGUAGUCCUAAGAGAGGGCACAGCCUCUGCACAUGCUUUGUCCAUACCUCCACCUUUUGCUUGGCGGGAGCAGGAUCCCGAAUUCGGGACACCGACGGAGGGAGGGGCGAGCUCACGGCCAGCAGGGCGCACUGUGGUGCGGACGCCGGAAGGGCCAGGAGUGGCCAGUGCACUGAUGGCGGCCCCGGGGCCCGGGCCCGGGCCGCCGGUGGGGCUGGAGGUGGCCCUGCAGAAGCUGGCGCUGCGGCGGAAGAAAGUGCUGAGCGCCGAGGAGAUGGAGCUGUACGAGCUGUCGCAGACGGCGGGCGUCGCCAUCGACCCCGACGUGUUCAAGAUCCUGGUCGACCUGCUGAAGCUGAACGUAGCCCCGCUGGCCGUCUUCCAGAUGCUCAAGUCCAUGUGUGGGGGGCAGAGGCUGGCGAGUGAGGCCGCGGAUCCUGCGGCUCUGCCUCUGCCCGCGGCCAGCGUGACUGAGACCCGAGGUUGCGUUUCUUGGCUUCUCUCAGGGGGGUUUGCUGUGGAAACAGCCAUGGCCAGCCGAGUCGCGUAGUGUAGACACAAGGCGGCAAGACCUCCACGUUACUUAGAGGCAACCUGGGAUGCUUGC